AUGGCGUUGGAUAUGCCACCAACCAAAUUGAUAAUAGCCUAUGUGCUCGACUGGGUCUUACUCAUUUUCGCACUUGCCUUUUUCAUCACCACGGGCAUCAAGAAUCUCAUUGGAAAACCGCGACCGGAUCUGUUGGCUAGAUGUCAACCUGAUUUGAACGAUAUCGCAGCGCAUGUGGUUGGCGGUUACGGCCAAGACAUCUCGCAAAGAUGGACCUUGGUCAGCUCGUCCAUUUGCACGCAAACAGAUCGCAAACUCUUGAAUGAGGGUUUCCGCAGUUUCCUCAGUGGACACUCGUCGAUGAGUUGGUCAGGCCUNUUUUACCUCUCCCUCUGGCUGGCCUCCAAAUUCAACAUGCUGAUCCCAUAUCUCGGCCACGGUGCNCCUCCAAGACGCAACGAUGAAGACGAUAUCGAACAAGAAGCCAGAGAGCGUGCAGCCGCGCCUCCAGUCUUUGGUGCCAUCAUAGUGCUAAUUCCUGUAUGUCUCGCCUUUUUCAUUUGCUCGACCCGCUAUGUGGAUUUCAAACACCAGGGUAUCGAUAUCUUUUCUGGUGCCGUGUUGGGUAUCAUGACUUCUUGGAUUGGAUUCCGUUGGUAUCAUGGAAGUCUGACCAGAGGACAACCUUGGACAUGGAGUCCUAGAUCAAAGGACCGUGCUUUUGCUGUUUCUAGUGGGACGAAUGGGUGGAUUGGCGAUGGGAUUGUGAUGAGGGAGAGGGUGCAGAGGGGUAGGGAUCUUGAUGUUGACGUCGAGGCUGGUAAUUCUAGUGUUCCUGCUGUCAAAUAA